CUCUAUCUAUUCCGAUCAAUUUUUUAUGUCGCUCUGUCUUUUCUGAUGAAGUAUUGAUGGCCACGGCCUUCUAUGGUCUGGAGUUGCGUAGCCGGAGAAUGAUGAAUGCAACCCCCUAUUCUAGAUUUCGAUGGUUGAAGCAAGAUUUUAGAUGGAGGGGUGGUUUGUUGGAGGUCAAGAAGAAAAUAUCGCAAGCUAAACUUGAAGGCAGAACAAUAUUUGAAGGAUUUUUGGCAAGGUUCUUCUGGAACUCAAUUGCUGCCAUCAAAGAGGAGUCUGAAGGCAUCAUGGGGGAAAAGAAACUUAUUCUUUUGUAGGAGGGACCACGAUCCUAAAAAGAACACCGCCUAAAUGAUAGCUUUUGUGAGUUUUCAGUUUACACAAACACGUCUAUGAAAAAAUUUCUACUCUCCAAUGCAGUCAUCACUUACAGAGUCUUGCCUUCUGUUUCACUGUAGGUGCAAAUUUGCUUCAGCAGAUGGUUGGUGUUGCAAUGCCAAGGCUUUUGAGGCUUUUUGGAACUACCUUCUUUCAUGACUUGGGUGAUAUUUCGUACUUAAUUUUGAUUACUCACGUUCUUAAAUUUUUUUGGUUGAUUUCGAGUAGAUCAGUGACUAUUUUGGGAUGGUUGUCGGGGCUCUUCCAAUUAGUGAUGGUUUCCAUAUUAGAUGCUGCUACGGAUUCUUUUGGGGUUGUGGUGUGCAAUGGUUGUCCUCUUUAAGUUUGUUGGAACAUGCAGUAAAUGGCUGCCCUCAUUGUUUAUUAGAUGGUUAAUUCCGUAUCGCCUCAUAAUUUAGUGAAGAAACCAUAUUUCAUUAACCCAUCAUGCCCACCCACCUCAAAUUUAGUUAAUGUUGGGUAAUAUAUGAUGUCAAAUGUCUACAAUCACAGACUGGUCGCUGAAUUGUUAUUAUAAAGUUCUGUGAGUUGUUAUUAGAAAGCUUCUGACUUGGGAAAUUAAAACCACAUAUAUUUGGUGAUUUGCAUGCUGUGAGGGGCAUUUCAGACACAGGGGUGUAAAUCGGUAGGCAAAAGCAAGAGUAGCCUUAUUCGUUUACGUUGAAUUGCAUGCUUGCUUUUUUCAUAUACCAGACCCCUACUGAUAUACCUUCCUAAUUUGGGUCAACAAAGGUCAACAGUAGAUGCUGUCACAAUCGAAUGGAGAUGAGGGGACUUUAGGAAUGAACUUGCCUCGAAACUUGAAGAGAAGAGGUAAUGUAAAUGUAUAGAUCGUGGGGCAACUAAAUCAACUUUGUGUUAAAUGAUACACAAAAUAUAGUCAUGUUCAUCUUUAGUGUUAUGUUCAUAUAUGUGUUCCGCCUGCCGCAAGCAGCUAAAGCCACCACUUCUCAAACGAAAACCGCCACUGAUUAUUCUCCUUGGCUUGUACCCGACGAUUUGCCCUUAAUUCUAUGUUUUCCUCUUUUGCCUUUAUUUAUGAUUUGUACCGGUGAAGUGAGCGUCUGCUCUUAUUGUGGAGGGAUUGAAAUGUGAGUCAUGUGCUUCAACUACUUAUUCUAGCAAAUGAAUCCAAAACAUGUCA